AUGUCGGAGAACAGCAUGAUGGGAUAUGAGAGUCCUCCGGCGGCGCGUUGCCGCCAUGUCUCCUAGAGAGAAACAUUUAGCGCUUCUCUCUGCUUUAGGCUUAGUUAGUCUCGCUUUUUAUUAUAUACCCAAUUUUCUUUACGCGAUUUUAAUUCUUGCAGUUUGUUGCAUUGCCUGUUACUAUCAUAGCGGAGAACCGCUUCCCGCCAGGUUAGGCCCGAAUCCUCGAGGUGGGCUGAACGUCCCGGCCGUGCUGCGGCGCUGGUUGUGGGGCUGGGAGGCGACCGGCGUUUCUGUGCCCGCACGGGGGAGGACGAAGAGCAGCGGCAGCAACAGAGCCGAGCUCCGGGAAUCAGACGGACACUUCAGACAAAGACUCGCUGAAACUGGGGUUUAUCGAAGGGAAGCCUUGCCAAGCGAGUCGUUUCUUUUCAGCCCGGGGGAUUUUCUCAUGGGGAGUUACAUCGGGAAACCAGAGAGUCCAACCGCCGACUCUGGGAGGCGGAGAGCCACGAGAAAUCCCCGAGAGCAGCUUCGGGAAAAGCUGACCAGACCCAACCAUGCUGUCUAUACUCCAAACAGAAGGCUUUCAUUUGCAGGGGAGACACCAGGACCAGCAGGCAGGUUCACCAUCACCCCCCAGCGCCACUACCCCCUGCAGCAGCCGGGUGUCUCGUCAGUGGGAAUCCUUCCUCCUGUCAAGUGGGAUGGCUUCAGAAAGAAAAACAUCCUCAGCCCUCGCAAUUCUCCGGCUGCCCUCAGUCCUGUCACAGUGAAGAUUGCCAGGCCCGACCACAGCUCCCCCAGUAUGGAUCAUCUGAGCUGUGCUGGUCUCCCCAGAGCACCUGCCGACCCAUGCUCCAGAGAAAGUGUCCUCAGGGUGCUGAAGGAAAGCCGUAAGAGAGAAGUGGAGGAUGAGGACAGGAGCUUUACAAGUGAGCAGAAAAGCAAAAGAAGGCGUAAUGACAGCGGUGGAAGUGCACACUCUGCUUUUGAACCCCUUUUGCCCAAUGGCACGCCGUCACAGCUGGUUCCUAAGCCAGGAAGCCUCAAAAGAGGGAUGACCUCAGUGGCUGAGGAGUCCAUCAUGAAGAGAUCUCGCACCUCCUCAAUCAGCUCUGGCAGUGGAGCCCAUGCCCCUAGAGGAACCUUGGGCACCAGGAGAAAUGCCAUCCAGAGUUCCUACAGCUCUUCAUUGGGCCUCAACCAGUGGAAGAAGCCGUCAGCACCCAGCUCCCCUCUGUCCAGCCCUGGAUCAUCUCGCUCUCAGACUCCAGAGGGACUUGCAAAAAGGCCCAGAGAGGAUGACCUGCAGUCUCCCAGCUCCGCAUCCUCUGCAAAGUCAGAUCAGACACCCUCGGACAAGACACCCAUCGCUUCCAAGCUUUCUCCAGUUCCCAAGGUCCCAGUCAAUAUUUCAACAGACUCUACUGGCAGUGGUGGGAAAAGAAAAAGGAAGAUCCAGCUGGUGUCCAGCAACCGGGAUGAUCACAUCUCUCUGCCUCCACCUCCUGAGCUGGGUUACACAGUUACUAUAAAAGAUCUAGAUGAAGAGAAAAGGGCUGCCAUCAGUAAGAUCCAGAAGGUCCUGGAGACGCCCGCUCCAGAGCCAGAGAAGACUGUCUCCCCCUCAGCCACCACUUCCACCCUGCCUGUCCUCGCUCCUGGCUCUACUGCUACUACCACCACGACCUUAAGCAGCCUUCUGGCAGCUCCCUUACCCACAUCUAGCUCUGCUACUCCAGUCAUCAACCUGGAUCCCAGCCCAGUGAGCAGUACCAGUACAGCACCUGCAGCCCCCAACCCCCUGCUGGAGGCUCUGAAGAAGACUAGUACACCUGCUAUCUCCACAUCUGCAACCAGUGCAAUUACAGUGUCUACAUCAACCACACCUGUACAUCCCAGUGGCUCAAUCCUGAAGGCAUCAGUGACAGUGGCUUCCCCACAACUUCCUGCAGUCUCCCAGUCGUCCUCUGCUCAGGUGCAGCAGUCCUCUGCUUUUGCUCAGGUCCUCCUGGGUCAAGUUUCCCAAGCUGCCAGCAGCACCCCACCUGUGGCAGGCCUGUUUGGGGUGGCUAGCCAGGUCAGCGCCCCCUCUGCUACUUCAAGCUCUAAAACAGCUGUUGUUACUGCAGCCCCAGCCAGCAUCUCUGUGUCAGUCAGUAACACCAACCCACUGCUGACUUCGGGGUUCAAGCCCAUCUUCGCUGUCACCACCACAUCCUCAGCUACAUCAGCUUCAGAAAGCAAACCUCCUGUCCAGAAUUUCAAACCCAUCUUUGGAGAUGCCACUGCAGCUGGUGGCUUUGGACAGCCUCCAUCCCUCACAGCCGCAAGUACGGUCUCUACAAUUUCCAGUACAAGUAGUGCAGCCUCAAUAUUUGGUGGAUCAACAAGCAGCAACACAGCUGCCCCGUCUGUUUUUGGUGGCUUGACCACCACCAGCACAUCCGCCGGCUCCCUCACCACUUCACAGCCUGCUUCCCAGCCAGUUGCAAAAUCCCCGUUUGGAAACUGGCCCACAACAUCCACAACAAGUAGCAGCUCCUCAGCUUUGAUCCAGGCCCCGAACGCUGGGAGCACAUUUCAGUUUGGAACUGCUCCUACUACUACUGCAGCAGCACCUGCCCCUGCUACUGCUGCAACCACAACUUCCAGCAAGGGUACCUUUACAUUUGUUUCUACACAGCCAGAACCUCUGGCUACCAGCCAGAAGGUAUUUACAUUUGGCCCAGCAGUACAAAACCAGAACACAACCACUGUUCCAUUUGGAGGCUUUGCCAUGGCCAACACAGUUUCUACUGCUGCUCCUGCUACCACACAGUCGAUCUUCACCUUUUCAAAGUCAGCUUUCGAAGCCCCUGCAGCUCAGACGACCUUUGGCUCCUCAGCAGCAGCACCAAAACCAUUCCCUUUUGGAGGCAAUGGAGCAUCAUCCGCACCUGCUUCUAACCCCACCGCGGCCCCUUUCACCUUUGGGACGACUCCUGCCACCACAGCCGCCCCCUUUGGGACAAAAGCUAAACCAACAUUUGGACCCAGCACCACUGGUUUUGCUUUUGGUGGCACUCCUGCACCCUCAGCUCCACCAAGUUUCGGUGCAGCAACCCAGACUCAGAGCUCCUCCACAUCCACCUUCCCGUUUGGCAGUGCUGCUCCUCAGCCGGCUCCUGCUGGUCCAGCUCAGCCGGCAUCUGGUGGAUUUAACUUUGGAGCUGGAAUGCCGUGCCCUCAGUUUGGAACACCAGUUUCCAAUAAUCCUGCACCACCGAUGGGAGGCUUCAACUUUGGGUCUGCUGCUACAGACAAACCAACUUUUGGAACAUCUACUCCAUCUUUUGGCCAGAAUGCUGCUGCAGGUCCAAUUCCCUUUGCAAGUCCUGGAACUCCAGUCCAAGGCUUCAAUGCUGUUCAAUUUGGAUCUCCAGCAACUCCCUCCUUCUCAAUCGGAGCUGGAUCAAAACCAACCGGAGCACGGCAGAGGCUGCAGGCGAGGAGGCAACACAACAGAAAGAAGUAGCCUGCUACGUCGGUCCAGCGGUGCUUUCAGAGGACUCCAGCUGUUGCUGCUAUAGCUAAUCUGGCUAACAUUGCUCUGUUCUAAGCCCAACAUCCCUCCCCAUCAGGCCGCCACCAUGCACUCUGCUUCCUUCCCCUCCUCCGCUCCGCUGUGCUGGUCGGAGGUUUGCAGAGGAGGCAGAAAGAGCACAUCAGCCUGCUGAGUUCAUGACUCAGUGAGGGAAUGCAGCAGUAAGGAGAGAGAAUCCACAACAAUGUACUAUACUUGAAGAAAGAGAAAAGACAAUUUGAUAGAUGCUGAACAAAAGCAUAUCCAAAGUUCUUUUUCUUUUUGCCGUACACGGACACUCCCAUUGGUUCGUCUUAAGGAGAAAGUUGAGUCGAGCUAAGAGGUGGAGCCUUGGCUCAGACAUUUAUUUUUUUACGUGAAGCGCUCGCUGGUUUGUAUGUUACCGAAUAUUUGAGUACAUUCUCUGAGUGAGUCUGAAUGGGGGGGAAAUGCACAGUUGAUUCAGAUAAGGUACACAACACUGCAGUGUAAAUGUCAAUUUUGCAUUUAAAUUAUUUUUUUAAUUGGCUCUCUGACCCUGUAACUGAAUAAUGUGUUUCUGCACUUAAAGGGCGACUUAGUAAAUGUCUUAAUGUAGUUUGUGCAGAACCUUGUGUUCUUGUUUCGCACCCUGUCAUUGCAAGCAUUCCCAGAGUCCUCUUGUGGACGGCCUUUUUGAUUAGCGGGUCAUUGUGUGAGUAGGAUGAGUACUCGCGUCUAGCGCUGACAAACCAAAGCCAAGUCUUCAACUUGCUCCCUGUGAAAAGAAUAUGAGAUGUGUGUGUGUUGUGCCAGACUACCUCUCUUUGCUCCCAGGCACUGAAUCCUUGUUAAUUCACUGAAAGAUAACAAAUCUGCUAGAAUCAGUUACAGUUUACCUUCACCUGCUGUUAAUGCACAUGUACCGUAACAAAUAGUGAGUUUUAAAUAUCUGCACAGCAACACGUUACCCCCACUUCAGAAAUAUCACUGCUACCUAAUGUCAGAUUGCGUAAAAGAAAUUACAGUCUGUUGUAUUGGAUCUCUCACAAUGAUGCAGGGAUGUUUGUUUUGUCUUCAAUGCCUUUUACUCGCACCAUGAUUUGAGCAGUUUUUGUGCAGCAAACACGACAGCGAAGCCGUUGAUGUCAGCUAUUUUAUUCAAAAUGAUCUCUUCCCAAUAAUAAUCAACUUGUUGUGAGAAGUGAGCCGUUAUCUGAUGCAGUUUUUGUUUUGUUUUAUUUUAUUUUAUUUUUUUUUUGGAUGGUUAAAGUUUCAAUAAAUAAAAAUGUGAGUUUUGGAUGUGGAUGUUCCACAUUGAACACUUCUG